AACGACGAAUCAAUUUGUUAGAUGAAAUUAAUUUUUGGGGUAUUAGAUAUAAAUUUUCAAACAAGAAACAAUUUAUGUUUAAUUGCACCAAACGGGCAGAGAGCGUCUUCCUAGUUGGAAGGCGCGAACACUUAAAAAAACGCAGUGUAACUAUCCCUAGAGUUUAUAACAAUAAGAAGCUUUCAGCUUCACCGUUCCAAAAGCCACUCUUUGCAGAUAUCUUGAAGCACAAUCAAAAAGGCAGAAACCCCGAACUUGUGAAAAGAAUUUGCAGCAAGAAAGGAAUAGGAUCAGCAACAUAACUCCAUACAGAAAACAUCACAUUCCUCCUCCAAAGGGCAAUCUCUUAAGCGCCUUAUAACCUCAAAAUCAAAUGGUUAAGGCAUCAUAAAAAUUCCCCAAAAAUGAAGAGGCCUUUUCACAAAAACCAUGAUCAGAGAAACAUCUCCCAUCCAAUCAUCUUCUCACAAUUCACACAUCCCAUUUUCCUACAUGAGAACAUCCUUAUUUCUCCUCACCUUCAUUUUCUUGCUAAUCUUCCUUACAGGGGUCCCUCUUUUAUGCAUCUUCUUAAUCCUGAAGCCCCAAAUGCCUGUUUUUUCUCUCCAAACAGUCCAUGUGGAGUCUUACAAGCUCAAUGUAAGCUCCCAAAACCUCCUCGUUUCAUCUGUCUUUUCUCUCAACGUGACCGCUGAAAAUCCAAACAAGGUUGCAUUAAGCUAUGAACCUUCUAGGUUUCAUGUCCUCAGCCAAGGGUUAGUGGUUGGAUUGAUCAGAAUUCCUCAGUUUCACCAGCCUCCCUUGAGCAAAAACGUCAGCGUCCAAACACGAGUACUCUUCGAACGUGUAAAUGUUAGUGAAAUCAUGUCCGCAAGUUCAAGGAAAUACGAAGAUGGUUCGUCAUCAAAGGCUGUUUUUGAUUUCAGGAUAUUGGGUGAUGUUAGAGCACAGGUCCGGAUUUUUCAUCUCACAUUGCCCCAAAUCAAGGUUGCUUUAGAUUGUGAUUUAAGUGUCAGUGAAUCGAAAUUUUCAGCUGGUAAUGAAGUUUACAGCAUGAGAUGGAGCCAUAAUCAGAUGAUAUCAUUCCCACUCAAUUCCAAAACAGUCUCCAAGAAAUGCUCUCUGGCUAUUCUAAUGUAACAUCAUCCAUCCCAUCACCUCCACUUCUUCAACAAUUCAAGAAGGAGCUUCAGCUGCUGCACUUUGCAA